AGUUGACACCACUCACCAGAUGCCAAUAUCAACAAUAGGCUUAUAAAAGUUUCUAUUUUUUCGUAAAGAUAUACUUUUAAGUCAUUAUUUCAAAGAGCUAAAUUUUUAGCAAAGCCUAAAAUAAAAAUGUGUAUGAUAUGUAACAUUCAUUAAAAUACUUUUAAGUUAUAACUAGCGUCUAUAAUGGAUUUACAAACAUCGCAUUUGGCAGCUGCACUGAUGUCUAAUAACAAUUCAUUUAACAAUGAGCAACCUGGGGCUGUCAUAGCUCCUACCAUCAACGAUAAAGAUGAACCUAUGCAAAAUGAUCCGGUACCAGCGGUUUGUGAACCAGCAAAACCAACCACAUAUGAAGAAAAAGAGGAAAUAGGCAGUGGUGAAGAGUUCUCUGAUGAGGAGUCAGAAGCACAACCUGAAAACAAAUGUAUGCCAGGAAGAGGUGUUACUUUGCAAAUGCUUUUGGAAGAGAAAAUGUUAGAACCCGGACAUGCUGCUAUGACAAUAGAAUAUUUGGGUCAAAAGUUUGUUGGUGAUUUACAAGCCGAUGGAAAAAUAAAAUCACAUGAAACAGAAACAAUAUUCUGUUCACCGUCUGCUUGGGCCAUUCACUGCAAGAGAAUUAUUAACCCCGACAAAAGAUCGGGAUGCGGGUGGGCAUCAGUGAAAUACAGAGGCAAGAAAUUGGAUACCAUUAAAGCUACUUAUUUAAGAAAGAAACAACUACAGAGGGAGAACAUGCAUAGUGAUGAAGAAACAGAAAUGGAGGUGGAAAGUCCUCCUGAGCCUCCCCCGCAAAGGAUUGUAAUGAAACAUAAUACUGUACCCAAUAGAAUGAUGCAACAUGAUGCGAACAUGCUGAUUGAAGCUGUGUCAUUCUCGACAGCGGGAAAGAUUCAGCCGUUUUUAGUAUCAGUUAACUCCAAUGCCUUACUGAUACUAGAUAUACAUUGUCAUUUGAAAAAGGAAGAAGUUUAUGGCUAUUUGGCUGGUACAUGGGAUCUGAAUAAUCAUAAUGUCUCAAUCACUCAUACAUUCCCUUGCUUGAUAAGCAAGAAUGACUCGAGACCAAGGGUUUUAGUUGAGUUGGAAAUACAAAUGGAAAUUGAAAAGUUAGGGUUGUCUUUAUUAGGCUGGUACCACUCUCACCCAACCAACCCGGCCAUGCCCAGUCUUAGGGACUGUGAUAAUCAACUUGAAUACCAGAUAAAAAUGAGGGGCCCUACAGAAAUAUCGUACAUUCCUUGUAUUGGAGUUAUUUGUUCACCCUACAAUCCGGAAAGUCCUGUAAUGGAAUCAUCAUUAACAUUCUUCUGGGUUAUGCCUCCUCCAGAACAGAGACCCACAGAAUACCCGAAACCUCUUCUUUUGCAAUACAAUAUGAUUCAUGAUACACAUUUAUCAACUCACGCUAUGGAACAGAUAAAGAAAAGCAUCAAAUACUAUGGCACAUUCGCUGACGACUCGCUAGUCAGUUUUAAGGAUAACUUUAAGCCUGAUAUCACUUAUUUGGAUAAAUUAAAAUGUACCCUCACUCCGAAAUUCCCGCGAGAGCAAAGUGAUGGGUUGUUAUGGCAUUUUAUAAGGGAUGAGUUAGGUUGUUCGUCAGAAAAUGAUGAUAAGAUGGAUUUAGAUGCGUUAUUGGCUGUUCCACAACCGAUUCCCGCAUCUAAACCGCAAUCCACUUCCAUACCUAACUUCCCAUCAGUUAGCACACUGCAACAGAUGGUGAGUAGACCGGCUGGAGUUCCACCAAUCAAUGUUUCUUCGGCUAUAGGUUCAGUUUCCCCUCAUAAAUUUGAGACGCCACCGCUUAAUAUACCCGUUUUACCGACAUCCUCUAAACUUUCUAAAUCGACAACUCCUUCCCUUCCCCCAACAUAUCCAACCGGUUUGGAUAUGUUAACUAGUAUGGCUUUAGGACUUGGAUCUACGAAUAUGCCAUUACCUCUAGGUACAUCAGGUCUAGAGAGUCUAGCGGCUGCUAACAGUAUGCUAACAGGCUUUAAUCCAGCAUUAUCUUCGAACUUAGCAUCCACAUUAUCUUCAAGCAAACUCCCGGAUUUGCCUUCAUACGCUGCCUCUUUGCAAAAUCUAUCGAAUAGUAUGGUUAAUUAUGAGAAAACAUCUACUACGACUUCAACAAGUUGUACAACUUCCGUCGCCCCUAUACCAGCCAGCAUCGCCUCUAACCUUAUGAUGAGUUCGGCUGAUAUAGCCAAUGCAUUAUUUUCAGCUAGUAAAUAUUCUAGUGCUGGUAUAUUAGGAAUACCAGAUCCAAUGUCGAAAUCCACUCUGGCUGCCAAUAACAUGUUUUUGUCGCCUUCUUUGCUUAAAAUGCAAGAGUCAUUAAUGAAGCCUUUGUCAAGUAGUAGUCCGAUCCCGUCUAAAGUUGGUCUCGAUCAGAACAUGUUAAUGAAAAGUCCCCAUGACCUCAUUAAACCAUCUAAGGACUAUCUGCCCCCUGAUUUUGGAAGUAUCAAUAAAACAAAAAGUAGUUCCCACGAUCCCAUAAAACACCCGGACGUGAGCUCGUCUAAAUCAGAGACUUCUAAGUCGGUUUUAUCUGAAUCACAACUACCAGAAUACCCUCAAAUUUGCUCCUCGCCAAGGGUUGGGGGUGAUCCAUUUUUGAAUCAAAUGUUGGAAUUGACUAAGAAGACGACGAUUCCUGACUAUCCGGCCGACUACAGCCAGCCGCGGAAGAUGGAUGAAGAUGUCCAGAAGCUAACUCCGACAACCCUUUCAUACUCAAGCGCCGCUAGCAUAGCUGACACUAUAGCCCAGGUUGCGAUGGGAAAUUUUAAUAAAAUGGAAGAUGCCAUGGACUAUUCUACUGGUCAAGAUUAUUCAACUACGAAAAAUACAAGCAGUGAAACAGAAAAUUAAUGCUAUGACUUAGUAAUUGAAAAAAUCUUUUUAGUUACAUGUGCUUAUAUAUAUUUCAUAAAUUUAAAGCAAUCUAAAAAAAAAUUUCAAAUUAAAGUCCGAAAAUUUUUGUUCAUAUUUAAAUAGCAAUUAAGUCAUGUAUUUGUUAUUUGCGAUUCGCGCUAGAUUUUAUCAGUGAAAAAUUACUUAAAAAAAUACUAGAUAAUAAUAUACUUUAAGUAUCGCUUCCUUUUGUAAUGAAGAAAUCACGGUCGCCGAUAAGGAAUUAUUGAUAAACACUGAUAGGCUAAUCAGUGAUAAUAAUUAUGAUGACGCUAUAACUGAAUAACAAUAAUAAUUUAUUUUUAUAUCGGCAUUGUGUUUUUGUGCAAACACGUGAAAUAAGCUGCGCUGAAUUACAAAAAAGUUUUUAUUGUGAUUCUAUUAGUGAUGUUGAUUUUGUGAUUUAUACCGUUUAAAAGGUAUGUCAUUACUCUGUGCUUUUUUACAUUUCAUAUCAUUGGGAGUAUCAAUGAUAUGAAGAAUAUUUUUAAUGAUAUUAUUGUAAGCAUAUAAUUAUUGUGCUAAUUCAUAUAUUAUUGAAAUUUUUUAUUUAUUCAAAUUAGUUUAUUAAUGUGGAUGUACUGUGACAAGUAUUCGAUUUUUUUUUAGUUACUUCGUUUUGAUAACCGGUAUUUAUGAAUAAUAGUAGACAAUUUAUAAUAGGGCACGUACUAGUUAUGUUUUGAUGUGAAUCCAACUAUUGUUGUAUCAAUAAGCCUGUACAAUGCUUGGCGCGAUCUGUAAAACAUAAUUGUGAAGUUUCAUGUCUUCUAGAUGGUUCCACAUUUUUAAUUUAUUCUUUGAAAGACUGCAUGGAUUCAGAUUUAAGUAUUUGAAGUAUUAUUUUUAAUUUGACUUAAACAAAAAUUAAAACGAAUAAACAUCGA